GGCGAAGGAGUUUAUGAGGAAGAUUCCGAGCAGCUCGCUGUACGUGUCCCGGCCCACGUGGUGGCUGGAGUCGCGCUUCCACUUCAGCUUCGCGGAGUACUUCAAUCCGGCCAAUCAGGAGUUCGGCGUGCUGCGCGUGCUCAACGACGACCUCGUCCAGCCCAACGCCGGGUUUGGGACACAUCCGCACCGCGACAUGGAGAUCAUCACCUACGCCGUGGACGGCCAGCUCACUCACAAGGACAGCAUGGGGACAGCGGAGACGUUGGGGCGUGGGUGCGUGCAGUACAUGAGUGCGGGCACUGGCGUCACGCACUCCGAGAUGAACAACUCCGACCAGCUGCAACGGUUCAUUCAGAUCUGGGUGAAGCCGAACGCAAGGGGUCUCAAGCCCAACUAUGGCUCGCGCACCUUCAGAAAGAGUGAUCGCCACAACAAGCUACAGCAAGUGGUAACCAGCUAUGACCGUUACGGUUCCAACAAAGAUGCAGGAUCGGGAAUUAUUCCCGUGAAUCAAGACGUCAACAUCUUUGUGUCGGAGAUGGAUGGCUCGCUGCCUGGUGCUGCUGCGAGGAGCUUGGAGUACACACUGCAGAGGGGGCGGCAGAUGUACCUGUUGUGCAUUGAGGGCGGCCUCACUGUGACCUCCAAGGACAGUGGCAUCAAGGAGACGCUCCAUGCCCGCGAUGCCCUGCAG